AUGGCUCAGUCUCUGAAAAAGGGCCGUCAGAUUGAUGGUACUACUACAAUCACUAUCAACCAUGAUAAACUAUUAAUUGUCACAUUAUUGACACUAUUCGGUGGCAUAAUAGCCGAUUAUAAGUGUCCACCUAACCCUGAUAUAUUUCUACCAUGUGAAUGCCUUGUUGACCCCGGUAUACUGCCCUUCUACAGAAGCAUUUAUUGUAAGGGUGACCAACCAAUCAAUCUGACGGCCCUUUUCCAGAGACUGAGCCAUGAAUUAAAAGCCGAUGAAAAAGAUUACCUCUUUUUCAUGCAAUUUAACGAUGCGGUGGACGUAUUGCCGGCCAAUGUGUUCGCUGACAUCACAUUUCAAAAUGUUGAGUUAGAUGGUAAAAAGUUGACCAAGGUACAUCGGUUGGCACUCAAUGGAACACAGGAUACGUUGAAAAAUUUAUACACUCACUCUCCGCUUGUUGAUGGGGACGGAGAUUGGGACGUAUUUAAAGCGAUUAACCUUGCCGCAAAUUUAUAUUAUAUUAACCUCGCGUAUACUAAUUUGACCAAGAUACCCGACAAUGCCCUACAAUCGCACCCAAGUCUCCAACGGAUUGAUAUUGCGUUGAGUCCGUCCCUCACGAGUAUCGGUAGUAAUGCCUUCAAAAACCUGACAAAAGUAGAGUCCAUUCGUAUUGAGGGUUAUGUCAAAGAUAUAGGCGAUGAGGCCUUUGCUGUCAGUCACGUAUCCACUGAUCAGCCCUUA